AUGUCACACUUCUUCUACUUGACUCCACAAACUCUUCUGCCCUUUAGCCCUCUUACUUCUCAAGAGUUUGAUCUGAUCUGACUGAAGGCUGGAGCAUCUUGGCAGAAUGAAACAAGGUGGUCAGAUUCGUCUGUAACAACAUAUGCGGGCAGUUACCGGAAAAAGCAGCUGGAUGAUUCCACGUGCGGCCGACUUAAAGCAGGACAGCAAUGGCCUGAGUGUAACCAGAUGUCAUUGCCAAACUGCUUUGCCCGCAGGGCUGGUCUUCAAGAGACCACAGAUGUUAAAGCUAAGUGCAACAUGAUCAGUUCUGAGCACAGCCCUUUGGCCAAGUUUGCUGUCUUGAUAACUUUUAUGUUCUUGAUUGUCACCCAGAUGGUUUCCAUUUGCCUACUAAAGCUUCGGGGACCAUGUACUUCUACAAGCAAGACUAGCUCAUCUGAAGACUCAGAAGCUGAUCAAUACUCCGUUUACAGUCUGGGAGGACCGUUCUCAUCAUUUAGCUGAGUCGGAAAACGAAGCCACAAAGCUGGAGGCCCCAAGCUUGCUUAAUUAACGCCUUUGAGGUCUCCAAACCGUGUUUUGGAAUGCUGCCUUGGAGCCACUCAGAAACCUUCAGGGUUUUGCCCUGGCC